AUGAGUUCACCCGACAACAGCGACAAGUCUAAGUCCGUCGUCGACCUCUACGACAAAGACUACGACUUCUGGGACAACUACAUCGAAGGCCGCCCUCAGGUCCCGGACAGUUUCUUCGAGCGCAUUCUCGCCUACCACUCGCAGCAUAGCAACUGUUUUGCCCUCGCGCACGAUGCCGGUGCAGGGGCUGCAGUACAUUCCUAUGCGUUUGCCGAUGAGUUCGCCAAAGUGAUUGUCUCGGACAUCUCGGCCUCCAACAUCUAUGUGGCGAAGACUCGCUGGGGAGACACUGAUCACUUCACGUACCGCGUCGGACGACUUCAGGAUACGGCCGAAGACAUCGCGGCUGGGAGUGUUGAUCUCUUCUUUGUCAGUACGGCGAUCCAUUUCUGUGGUGAUGAGGUGGGCAAAGCUAUCGAGGAAGCCGCGCGACAGCUGAAAUCUGGUGGCACGAUCGCAGUAUCAGCAUUCGGGCCCGCCAUCUUCGACGAUCCGGAAGUGCAGAGGAUUUGGUUGAAGCUAUAUCAGCAAUCUGGUCAUGUGCAUGUUGCAUCGCGGCCAGGUGGCAAUCUGCUGCUGGACCCUUGGAAGAUUGGGGCGAGCUCGUACGAUGCUGUGCCUUUGCCGGUCGAGCUUUUUGAGCCGGGUGCGUUGAGGAUCAAGCUCAACUUCAACAUGACGCCUGGAUUCACGUGGAGGGAAUUGCACACUCCACCCGAAGAUGCGGAUCUACUGCCUGAGUGGAGCCAGGUCGGACCGGAUGAUCAAAUGUCAUUUGAGAGUGACUCGGGUUGGAGGUUCGAAUGGGAAGAAACACAGCUUAGGAUGCACAAGCAUUCAAUGAGGUUCCCGAACGAUGAGCAGGUCUCGAAGUUGUGGCUGGAAAUGGUCGAGCUUGUGAAGAGCAGAGGCACUGUGAAAGGUGUCUGGCCAGCGAUAAUAUUGCUUGCGACUCGGAGGUAG